CUCCAAAACCAUUAAGCAGCUGUCAGAAGUGUCCAGCAAAGAGCAAGCAACAGGAACGGAAACCAUGACUCAGGUUAUGCAGUCUUUUUCACGCAAGAGCCUGUCCGGCUCCAGCUCUCGUCCCUUCUCCUCGCUCUCGCUCGGCGGUGGAUACUCUAGGCGCAUCGCCGUCGGUCAUGCGCCAAGUGUCUACGCAGGUGCAGGUGGCUCCAGCGUGCGCGUCUCUUACGCUCAGAGUAGCAAGAGCGGUUUCGACCUGGCCAGCGCGCUCGGCGGCGGUGACAAUGGCUUCGGUGCGGCUUUCAACGAGAAGACCACCAUGCAGAACCUCAACGACCGUCUGGCGAGCUACUUGGAGAAGGUGCGCUCCCUGGAGAAAGCCAACGCGCAGCUGGAGUUCCAGAUCCAGGAGUGGUACGAGAAGAGAACCCCCGUCUCCAAAGACUACAGCCACUAUUACGUCACCAUUGAAGAUCUGCACCAAAAAAUCGCCGUCGCCAGCAUGGACAAUGCCAGAAUCAUCCUUCAGAUUGACAGCACCAAACUGGCAGCUGAGGACUUCAAAGUCAAGUAUGAGAAUGAAUUGGCGCCGCGUCAGUCCGUGGAGGCCGAUAUCGCCGAUCUGAGAAAGGUUCUGGACGAACUCACCAUGACUCGCUCAGACCUUGAGAUGCAGAUUGAGGGUCUGAAGGAAGAGCUGGUCUACCUGAAGAAGAACCAUGCAGAGGAACUCGCAACACUUCACGCUCAAAUGUCCUCCGGGAGCGUAAACGUUGAGGUUGACGCUACACCUCAGCAAGACAUGGCCCGCAUCAUGGAGGAGAUCCGACAGCAAUAUGAAGGCGUCAUUGAUAAGAACCGCAGAGAUAUGGAGUCCUGGUACAAGAGCAAAUUCGACGAACUGAACAAGCAGGUAACCACCAGACAAGAAGACCUGACAUUGUCCCGCAGUGAAAUCAGUGAUCUUAGGAGGACACUUCAGAGCCUGGAGAUUGAACUGCAGUCACAGCUCAGCUUGAAAGCAGCACUGGAAGGCACACUGGGAGAGACAGAGUCACGGUACAGCAUCCAGCUCAGCCAUUUGCAGGGCGUCAUUAACAGCCUGGAGGCGGAGCUUUCUCAGGUGCGCAUUGACAUCGAAAGACUGGGCACCGAAUACAAACUUCUCCUAGACAUCAAGACCAGACUAGAGUUGGAGAUCACUGAGUACAGGAGACUUCUGGAUGGAGAGGGCAUUCAGAAACAGACAGUCCAAGUUGUAGAGAUUGUACCUCCUCUUUCUCCCAAGCACGAACCUGUGGUGUCCAAGCGUGUUCGGACAAUAAUCGAAGAGGUGGUUGAUGGAAAGGUCGUUUCUCGAACAGAGGAUGUGGACGUUGAGGUCGUGAACAAGUAAAAACGAUGGCAGUGAGAUCCAUAAAGUCGGCAUGAAUUUUCAGCCUCAGUUCGGCUGAUUAAUUUAUCCAUGUUCAACAUCUCAUGUGAAAUGCAAAGAAAAAAUAAAAAGACAAGCUGCGAAAUUAAA